AUGAAAACCAAUCAUAUAAAAAUCCGAGAAUCAAAAGCCAAUCAUGUUGAAUUGCCGGUAGUGAUGACUAUUGCAGGUAGUGAUUCUUCAGGAGGUGCAGGAAUUGAAGCUGACUUGAAAACAUUUAGUGCUUUUGGAGUCUAUGGUAUGACUUGCAUUACUGCAUUAACUGCUCAAAACACAAAGGGAGUUAAAACAUUCGAGAAAACUUCGAGCAACUUGUUGAGUCAGAUAUUGUUGGCCAACUUUGAAGAUUUUUAUGACAAUGAGGGACCAUUAAAGGUAAUCAAAACAGGGAUGUUAACAAAAGAAGCAAUAUUGGAACUUACAAAGUAUGAAUUAAAUGGAAUCAAAUUUGUUAUAGAUCCAGUGAUGAUAAGUACUUCAGGUAGUACAUUAAUUGACACAGAAGGAAUUCAACAUUGUAUUAAUUAUUUGAUUCCAAAGUCAUACCUAGUCACUCCUAAUUUUGUUGAAGCCAAGACAAUUUAUUCAUUACUUGGAGGAGAAGUUCCUGUAAUUAACACAAUACAAGAUUUUAAAUCUUUUGUGAUAAGUUUACAAAACCUUUUGAAAUGUGAGAAUUUAUUGGUAAAAGGAGGUCAUAUUCCAUUUGAUAAUAACGAUAGAGAAUCAUCGACAGGUGAAAGAAUUAUAGAUAUUCUUUAUCAACCCUCUGGAGAAGUAACAGUAUUUGAAUCAAAGUUUAUAAAGUCAGAAAAUACCCAUGGUACCGGUUGCUCCUUAUCUUCUGCAAUUGCAGCUAAUCUUGCAAAGAAUAAGGAUCUUGUUGAAUCUGUUGGUAUAUCAAUAGAUUAUAUUCACAAAGGGAUGUUACAAAUGUCAAAAUUAGGACAUGGGAAUGGUCCUUUGAAUCAUAACGUACAACCGGUCAAUUACUUGCAUGAGUUAGUGGAAUAUGAAAAUGGGGAUUUAAUGAAGUUUGAUACUGAACAUACUUUUUUGAACUACUUAAUAAAUCAUCCUUCAGUUAAGGACAACUGGAAAAAGUAUACCCAACAUCCAUUUGUACAACAGGUUGCCAAUAAUACUUUACCAUUUGAUAAAUUUUUGUAUUAUUUAAAACAAGAUUAUCAUUACCUUAUUAUUUAUGCUAGAAUGCAUGGGUUAUCCGCUUCAAAAGCUGAAACAUAUCAACAGACUCAUUCUCAAGCUACAAUCAUAAGUGAAAUUGUCCAAGAAAUCGAAAAUCAUAAAAGAAAACUAAAAGCAUAUGAUGUUGAUUAUGAUAAAGAUAUUGAUGAAUUGAAACCAGGUAAAGCAUGUAUUGAAUAUUGUGAUUACUUGAUUAGUUGUGGAAUGAAAGAAGAUUACUUAGGGAUCAAAACAGCUUUAGCUCCUUGCUUACAUGGAUAUGCAGAAGCUGGUGUUUACGGUUUGAACUUGUUCAAGGCAAAUCCAAAAUCCGAGGAUUCAGAAUCUAAAAAGGUUUACAAGUCAUGGUUAGAUGAAUAUACUUCUGAUUGGUAUCAACAAGCCAAUAUUGAAGGUACGAAAGCAUUGAAUCUGUUAGUUGAUGAACUUCCUAAAAAAAGAGUAGAGGAAUUGGUGAGAAUAUUUAAUGAUGUUACUUUAUUGGAAAUCAAUUUUUGGUCAGAAGUUUUAGAAUUAGAUAAUUAG